AUGGCUACAUCUGAUCUUAGCAAAUAUGCAAAUGAAUUAACUAAAGAUCUUUCUCGUGGAUCUAGAGAUCAGGCCCGAAGGCGUCUUAGACAAAUAGGAUAUAGCGAAGAGCAGGUGUGUGCUCUUGUUCCUUUUCAAAAAUCUGGGCGUCAUACUCCUAAGGAGAAUUCUAUCAAAGAUGUGACCCAAAGUAUCCUAAAAAAUAAUAAUUUAUCACAUAUGGAAAUUAAUGAAGAUGCAUCCUAUAUUGCUUAUUUCGAUGAAAGUACUACCGAUAUAGCCAAAUCCUCACGACUUUCAUACCUCCGAAGAGAAUUACGCAAAAAUGGGGCAUCUGAGGAUGCGAUCGAGGCGACAAAACAUCCUUGGUUAACUGAAGAAUCAAACCGACUUCAAAAAAUGAGGCGAGAAAUUCACGCAUGUCAAAAAUCAGUUCCACCUGACCAUUUUAUGCCGAAAGCUAUACUUGAAAGGCUCCAAGG